UUGACAUUUUGGGGGGAGAAAAUUGACUGUGGUUAUGCAGAGUAUUUGGAAAAUUUUCUCGACGAAAGUGUGUGGUUUGGAAGGCAGAUACCAGAAAAAAUGAGUAUUCUACUGCGCUGUACACACCGAUGUAUUGGUAGCGCAGUCGGCUCCGUAUAUCAAUCAGCGCUUCAAUUUCAAAAUCUUGCUCAAAGUCCCCACUUCAUACACACAAGUGCAGUCCGUGCAACAUUCUGGGAGAGAGAGAAGAAAUCUGGUUAUAAAACCCAACUGCCACUACCUUCCAAGAAGGAACUGAUCGUCGAAGGCCUUCGUGAACUAAAAGAAGAAAUAAAAUUAUGGAAGGAAGAAAUGAAAGAGAAGCUCGAGACUGAUCCGAUAUUAGUAUAUCGGCCAGGCGAAAUCGAUGUAGUGUUCAAUUUCAAAGCGGAGAAUGCGCUAGACAAAUGGGUGGUCACGACGGAUGCUGAUCAUCGGGAGGGCAAAAGUACAGCGUCGCUAGAACUGAGUGAAGCUGGUGCUGGACUCUUCCAUGGAAAUGUAAACUCGGAGCAAGUGAAGGAUGGUAUUGUGAAACGAACCGGCUAUGCGAAUAUGCGUACAAAACGAGUGCGGCGCUCUUUCAAGCGUGAGUCAACAUACGACUGGACACAGUACAAUACCUUAGUUAUGAAAGUACGUGGAGAUGGACGUAGUUAUCUUAUUAAUCUUCACACCGAAGGCUACUUCGACCUGAUGUGGAAUGAUGUAUAUCAUUACGUGCUAUAUACGCGUGGUGGGCCACAUUGGCAAUUCGUAAAGAUCCCCUUUUCUAAGUUCUUUCUAUCAUCGAAAGGACGCAUACAAGAUCGACAAGGCCCGAUUCGUUUAGAUCAUGUUACGCAUUUCGGGUUUUCAGUGGCCGCGAAAAACAAUAUGGAUGGUGUUUUUAGACUAGAAAUCGACUAUGUUGGAUUGGAAUACGACCCAGAUCAUCGGGAAGAAUUUGCCUAUGAAAUGUAUAAAACCGAUAAAUACAUUGUAGCGACCUAAGGACACAACAACAAACAAUGCUAGGGAAUAAUUAUAUGUUAUUAUAUAAUUUAUUUAGAUAAAUUUGCAAUAAAGUUUUUGUUUGUUAUACAA